UUGGCAACAAGUAGCAGCAUGAUGAGUUAGAUGACGAAACUUUUUGUCGUCCUUUUCUCUUCUUCUCAUUCUCUCUCUCUAUGUGUGUGUGACAGGGUUUGCAAUAUCCGCUCGCAUGUCAAGGUCAUGAUCGUGGUAUAAGAGGCCAGGGGCAAAAGCAAGCAGCACCGGGUAGGAAGAUACUAGGAAACUUAGUCGCCAGCUCACCUCAAACGUAUGAAUGCCAAGAGCUCUCUGGCUUAAUAUGUUACCCUGUGGCGGCGGCCGUGGGAGUGAACUGAGCGCGCGUGUAAGUCCCGGUAUGUACUCCGUACAGCGAUUAAGCUACGGCCAGUCUGGUAAACACUGCGGGCUCACUCUCGUGUCGUCUUCCUAGGCGUGGCUGUAUCCUGUCUAUCCUAGUCCUGGUCAGCAACAGCCAAUUAUUGGUGUCCUAGUGCUACUUCAUUGGGGAAACAAGAGCCACUCAGUCGGGCUUUGAUGGCGGGUCACCGGCAGCGGUGGGCCCUGGCCGCAGCAGCUCAGCAGCACUGGCGCCCUACCAGAGCGUGCAGAGCAAGGCUCUGAGAAAGGGAUCAGCAACCAAAGAUCCACUGAGAUCAAAGUCGAGGGAGACGCCCCCCGGCUUAGGCUAAGCUUAGCGCCCAAAUGCCACCUGAAGACCGACGCAGCGGGCGACCUGCUCAAGGGUCCAAAGAAGUUCAAGCGCCUCAGCCCGGCAGGGGAGACCCUGAUG